CAUUGGAACCUCCAAAUCAACAAGCACAUCCCGACCACAGCUCCCUCAACCUCAAAUUCAAGAUGCUUUCCGGCAUAUUGAUCUUCAAUCAGAAGGGAGAGAAUUUGAUAUUCCGUGCCUUCCGCAAUGACUGCAGACCACGCCUCGCAGACGUGUUUCGAAUCCAAGUCAUCUCCAAUGCCCAAGUUCGGUCUCCAAUCCUCACAUUAGGAAGCACAACCUUCAGCCAUGUCAAGCACGAGAAUAUCUACCUGGUUGCAAUCACCAAGAGCAAUGCGAACGCAGCGCUGGUUUUCGAAUUCCUGUACAGGCUGAUUGCGCUGGGAAAGGGAUAUUUUGGGAAGUUCGAUGAAGAGGCAGUUAAGAAUAAUUUCGUACUGGUCUACGAGCUUUUAGAUGAGAUUCUGGACUUUGGGUACCCUCAAAACACCGAAACAGAUACCCUCAAGAUGUACAUUACCACCGAAGGAGUCAAGUCAGAGCGAACGAUGGAGGAUUCGGCCAAGAUCACUAUGCAAGCAACCGGCGCACUAUCGUGGCGGAAAGCAGACGUCAAAUACCGCAAAAACGAAGCAUUUGUCGAUGUGAUCGAAGACGUUAAUCUCCUUAUGUCUGCUACCGGCACUGUCCUCCGCGCAGAUGUCAACGGACAAAUCGUUAUGCGCGCAUAUCUGACAGGAACACCAGAAUGCAAAUUCGGACUCAAUGAUCGAUUACUGCUGGACGGAGACAACCUUUCUUCUUUGGAGUCUGGAAAUCGACUGGGUACAAAAGCGACCAAAGCUGCGGCUGGGAGUGUUACUUUGGAGGACUGCCAGUUCCAUCAGUGCGUCAAGCUUGGGAAAUUUGAUACAGACAGGAUCAUCUCCUUCAUUCCUCCGGAUGGAGAGUUCGAGUUGAUGCGGUACCGAGCAACAGAAAAUGUCAACUUGCCAUUCAAGGUCCAUGCCAUUGUCAAUGAGGUCGGGAAGACAAAAGUGGAAUACAGCAUAGCGAUUCGCGCCAAUUACGGAAGCAAGCUAUUUGCAACGAACGUUGUCGUGCGAGUACCUACACCACUGAACACAGCGAAAAUCACAGAGAGAUGUACACAAGGAAAGGCAAAGUACGAGCCAAGUGAGAAUAACAUCGUGUGGAAGAUCCCCAGAUUUACUGGACAGAAUGAGUUUGUCUUGAGUGCGGAGGCGACCCUGACGAGUAUGACGAAUCAAAAGGCCUGGUCGAGGCCGCCAUUGAGCUUGAAUUUCAGUCUCCUGAUGUUCACGAGUUCAGGGUUACUUGUAAGAUAUUUGAAGGUGUUUGAGAAGAGUAAUUACUCCUCGGUCAAGUGGGUGAGGUAUAUGACAAGAGCAGGAUCUUACGAGAUACGGUAAGCUUUUUCUUGUUCCAAGUUCUGGUGUAUGAUUGCUAAUCUUCUUAGAUUUUAAUUCUUCUUCGUGGCGUUUGGGAGGAGCGUGCAUAGCAUGGGCGUCGCGGAGGCUAAGGUUAAAGAUAAUGAAAUUUUAAUCGAUCUCUCAAAACUUACUUCCAUGAGCAUUGUCAACUGUCACUCGAGAACACAGAUUAUGGAAACCGCCCAUGAGGAAAGCACUGCGAAAUGAGAAGUCCUCAAGCCAACAUGCGCGAAGUAGAUCCACAUGACCAUCCAUAAGAAAAUUUGUCACAGGUAGCAGACUAUCAAGUAAUAAGAUUAAUUGGAUGAUAGAUCGGACAUAUCACUCCAUACGCUUUCCAACGCUCUGCGCUACUACGAUCCCACGUCAGGUCUCUUCUCCUGCCAACCAGGAAUUCACACUAUUCCUGAAUCGCCUUUCUGUCUCCUAACCACGCAUGACUGUUUUGAGAUGCUCAUCCUCUCGUUCUCAAGCUUUCUUAUCGGGAACUGGUCGAUCACGGUUGUAGAAGGCGGAAGUAUCUCCUGUUAAGGACGUUGGCGCGUGUUUCAUUUUGAGCACAGUUCCAUGGAGCAGUACUUUUGUUCAAAGAUCCAGGCGCCGCCAACAGUUUUUCAUGCCCUCGACAUUAAAGUCAACGACGGAUCAGCAUUCAAACAGCGCUGCAAGAUUACACUGGCAUGUUCUGCUGCGUACAAAUUGUACGUGAUAGGAGGAUAAAAUGACAUGAUGAGAUAUUGGCACCACUUUGACGGCUCAUGAAGAGAGUGAGAAGCUCCUUUUCUCGUGCAAUCUAGAUAUUCGCAGAAAGGGGAAGCGGUGUUCAUUUACACUUCAAAUACUCGAUUCGCUACAAAGCGGAUCGAGUCUGUAGGCAUGCACUCGCUAUUAUUUUAGUAUCUUCUUAUCUGAAAGGCUUCUAAACGAAGGCAGGUGAGCAUUAUCUCUGCUGCCGGGCGCACCGAUGUCCUUGUUUCGGGAUGUUUGGAUCUCGCUUAGAGAAGUCGCCUGGACUUGCCGUGAUGGCAAAGCAAGGGGGAACGCAGAUCUACUAUCUACGUACCGUAUGAAAUUUCAUCUUCUCGAAGCAGUAUUUAUCGCAGGCGUCUUCUUCCU